GAAUCUAUAUCUUGAGAGAUUACUGGCCAGGCAUCCCUGGAAGUCAGACCUAUUUGCAAAUGGGGUCGCUUUCGCCAUCUUUGUUCGUAGGAACGGCGAUGGAAGAUGAAACAUGUAGUCAUGACCACGGCUACGAGAAGAUGGCAUUUUGACGCUAUUCCAAUAUUCUCUGUACCACUGACUUUGCGGAUACUCUUCCUUCCGCUCAAGAGAUACAGUCAGCCUUCUCGACUGUCCGUUAGCAGGGUGAAGGCAUUUGGGGAUAAGCUUCACUUUGUUUUUGCACGUCAGAUGUGGAGCACCUGGAUCAAGUAUAUAAGACUUUCAAUUUUCUCUGCUGGGUUACUUAUCACUCACCAUCUUCAGCGCACUCAGUAACUUCAUUCUUCUUCUACUCUUAUAACUUCAUUCUCUAGCCUCUCAGCUAUUUUCAUUGAACCAAAAUCACCUGCACCUAAACCCCUUUGCCGAAAGCCAUCGUACAAACAUCUACGGACGCUAUUCGACGAAACCUCAGUCUUCUUGCAAUGGCUUUCGCGGCAGGGUUUGGAUUGGACAUUGCGCUGACCGCUGUGUCACUGGUUUCCGCCUUCGUUGCCCCCAGCCCCGAAACACAAUGUAGAGUCGGCAUCGGCAGUAAAACACGCACUACAGCAGGCCUUGAUUUGUCAGGUGGAGAUUACCCACACAUAUUUCUGUACGACACUCGAGGUGAACUCAUCGACUUUACUGCUGGGGGUGGAUCUGCAGAACAGGCUUCCAAUGAGAUUGUGGGGUUCAUGACAGGAACGUCGACCACGCCAGAGUAUGUGAUGCUUCAGGCUUCCACGACUGACGCAACAUGCAUCAGUUACAUCAGCUUAACUAGUGCUGCCAAUGAUCAAAGAACAUGGCAUGCCGGAUAUGUGAAGCAGUGUGCUGCUGUGGGCAAUCAGAACCAGCUAUGGUAUCCAAGCCCUGAGAUUAUUCCGGGAACAGACUUUCGUCCGGGGUGUGUCUGGCUCAGUGACGAUGAUCGAUUCUUGAGAGCCAUUUCAUUCAAACUUACCGACUUUGGCUUCCCUGAUAGCGAGACAGCCCAACGUGCGCAAGCUCAGUAUACCCAGUUCCCUAACACACUCUGUCAGGCACCAGCACGAAUGGCAUUGUGGACAACGCCUCCAGCUGAUUGCGUCCCAGUCUAUCUCGAAGAUGAACAGAGAGAUGCAAAUGGAUUCGACUUGGAUUUCCAAAAGAUUGUGGACGGGCAUGCUCUCGUGUGCGACAUGAAAGACGCUAAGACUCUGAACCAAAAUAUUCAGCCCGGCCAGGGUCCCAAGACUCUCAAUGCUAAGCAACUCGCCGACGAAAAGGCUGCUGCGGAUGCGGCUCAAGCAGUCGCGAACGAGGCUGGUACCAAUACCAAUGCCCCUCCACCUGGAGCCGGCGGGUUUGGAGGAACGUUGGGCUCGAUCCCAGCUGGAAGCGUUGACGAUGGAGCGGAGACGACGCCUGCCGUGGGAGUUGGAAAUUUUGGUGGAGUGCUUGGGUUUAUUCCUAAUCCUGAUUUGGCUCAGCCUACUGUCCAGCCCACGGUCCAGCCUACAAGAAGAUCCAAGAGAGCAAGCGUGAGGAAAGCACAGGACGUUUCUUCCGAGGAAAGUCGACGACAAGUCCUUCACCGUCGCGAGGCUCUCGGAAAGGAGAAAGAUCAAUGCGUCGACAGGCUGGUAAUUUCUCACUUUGGAGAUCAUAGUGCUACGGAAGUUUGCCAGAUGUCAAACUCGUGGGGACCAGACUUCGUGUCUCUUGUGGAAGGUCUCUACUGCGACAUGUGUGAACGGGAACUUUGGCAGUUGUGCUCAGUCAGUACUACGUCCGAAUGUUUUGACUUGGAGAAGAAGGAAGUGCGGCACAAUGCUAUUGGACACCAAAAGGACGAUCAAGUUGAUCUCAGAAAGAAGUUUGAGAUUAUCAGUGAGUGGAAAUGAGAGAAAAAGGACAGGAGCGGGUAGGGUCUGGGGUUUGGGUUUUCCUGCACGAUAUCUCCAUGCUUUCUUAUAUUUUACUGUUUUGCAUGACCGGCGUUCGAUCUUUAGAAAUAGCUUUUGCGGGAGUUGGUGGCCUCUAUUGAAAAGGGAUUCAAGGCCAUACAUGGAGUUUACGUUAUGAUAACCUGAAUUCUCUUUCUCGACCUUGCUUUUGUAAAUCAAUGAAAACACUUUCAUGACUCAAAAAUGAAUUCUCGAAGACUCAUAAAUCAA